AUGAUAACUGGGUACAAUAAAAUAGGUCCAAAUGGAGGAAUAUUAACAGUAUUUGGAAAUGGUUUUCCAAACGAUUUAGGAAAUGUACAUAUAAAAGUUGGAAAUACUCAAUGCAAUGAUGUUCAUCUCAUUGGAUCCAACAGUGUUGUUUGUACCCUCGAUAGUCCAGAUAGUGGAGUUGACCUGUCACAGAGAUUCGAUCUAUCGGUGACAACCGUCAUCGAUGAAGAUAGUAAACCAUCGAAAUAUCCAUUUUACUAUGAUUGGCCAAUCAUUGAAUCGGUAGAUACAACCAAUAUCUAUUUCGAUCAACAAAAUAUCGUUGCAAUCAAUGGUAGUAAUUUCAAAGAGAAUAUGGCUGUCAAUUUCGAGUUUAUAGAAUAUGACAAUGUUUCUAUAGGUUGUAACGAUAUAAUACUAGUGAAUUACACUUAUUUAACUUGCCAAUUAUACAUACCAACCUAUCUUUUUCAAAAUGAUACCAAUGGUGACAAUGGCCAACUUUUAUUCAUUGUUACAGAUUCAUUAAUUUCAGUCAAUGUCAGUAAUAUGGUUGUUCCUUUCAACCAAACUCUUAUAAUACAAAAUUCAUCAAAUCAAAAUAAUAAUAAUAAUAAUUUUAAUCAUAAUCAUAACAAUCGUAAUCAUAAACAUAAACAUAAAAAUAAUCAUAAAGGAUCAAACAAUCAAAAUAACAACAAUAAUGAUGAUAAUGAUAGUGAAGAUAAUUAUGAUAGUGAUAUUGAUGACAAUAAUAAUAACAACAAUGAAAAUAGAAAGAUUCAACAACUAUAUGAUGAUGAUGAACAUGAUAAUGAUCACAUAGAUAGUUAUGAACAUUUAGAAUCAUUCGAUAGCUAUGUAUUAAGAAAUGAAUAA